AUGGCUUCGCAGGCGCUUGCUGCAGAGCUCAGUCUUCGCCACCAAGCCGUUCUCGCUGGCCCGUAUGUGCAGUACGAUGCGGGCGACUCGGACGCGAUCGUGAAUGCCUCGGCGUCCAACGCCAAGCGUUUUUGGGAACUCCUGGAGGGAGCCGAGCGCAGAUUUGCUGAGCUCGAGGCCUCCGGGACCAAGAUCGUCUCCCAAGCCGCCCUUGUGCCCAAUGCACUGGCUGGUGGAGGCGCUUCAGGUGACAAGACCGUGAUUUUGCAGGGCAUCCCCAGACGACUCACUCGGGACAUGCUGGUCAAGCAGUUUGCUCAGGACGUGGAGCCUGCUGACUUCGGUAGCAUCACGGCCAUCAAUCUGCCCAUCGACCGCAAGACCAAGCGCAACUCUGGCUAUGUGUUCGUCAGUUUCAGCGUUUCAGAAGCACGCGAUGCCUUUUUUUCACAGUAUCACAACAAAGAGAGCACCGCUUUCUUCAAGCUCGUCAAGUCUAAGUCAAGGGCAGCCAAGCAUCUCAAAGUUGCACCCGCUCGGGACCGGGAGGACCACAUCCGUCUCGAACAAACAGGAUAUCCGCUCCCUGUCUUGAUGGGGCAGGCAGCCCCCGGCGCCGCCCACUUUCUUCUACAGCAAUGCGAUCACAAGGCAGCCGGACUCCUGCCGGCGGAACGGAUGAACUGA